AGGCGUUUAAGAAGAUGACAAAAUGGGGUAGGGAAUUUGAAGGGAUGUACUUAGUCUGGGUAGGCAUGAGGCCCUUCAUAUUCCUCUACAAAUCCGAGGCGAUCCAACCACUACUAAGCAGCAGCGUGCAUAUUGACAAAAGUUUGGAGUACCAGUAUCUGCGACCGUGGCUUGGCAAUGGUUUGUUAACCAGCACAGGUGACCACUGGCAUUGCAGAAGAAAAUUGCUGACACCUACGUUCCACAGCGGACUUUUGGAUGUCUAUUUGAAAACGGUCAUCAGGGAAUCUGAAAUAUUGGUUUCCUGUUUGAGAAAUGAAGUUGGCAAGACUGAAUUCGAUGUGGUUCCAUACGCUAAGAGGGCUGCACUUGAUAUUAUAUGCGGUGAGUCACCGAUUUGUUCAUUUAGACAUCGAUAAAUAGAUAAAUAGAUGAAUACGUGAAUAGAUGAACAGUUGAAUAGAUGGGUAAAUAUACG